UCAAAUUCAAAAUGGCAGACGUGGCAGAAGCAGACAGACAACAGUUUGAGGCAAAGUUUACUGAACUGGAGCUCCAGCACCCUGUAGAGGGCGAUAUUACAGUCCCUGGAGCGCUGGAGGAAGAUUUAGAACCAUCUACUCUCGAUGAACCCAUCAGGGACACUUUGAUGCGGGACCUCCGUGCCAUUGGUGUUAAGUUUGGUCAUGCUCUCUACCCAAAACAAAGCAAAGCUCUCCUCAGAGAUUGGGACCUAUGGGGCCCACUUGUGAUGUGCACAUUGUUAGGAAGUCUUCUCCAUGAAGCAACAUCAACAGAUGAUAAAACAGAAGCAGCACAUCUUCAGUUUGCCGAGGUCUUUGCUCUUAUCUCAUUCGGAGCUGUAGUGGUGGCAUUAAAUUCAAGAUUGCUCAAAGGCAAUAUCUCUUUCUUUCAGAGUGUCUGUGUGCUUGGGUAUUGUCUACUUCCCCUUGUUAUAAGCCUGUGUGUGUGUCGUCUCUUAAUGAUUCCAUCUGGUCAUGUCACUCUGCUCUUUGCUGUUAGGAUAAUCCUGGUUUUUGUUUCAUUCAUCUGGUCUACAUUAGCUUCUAUGGCAUUCCUAGCAGACAGUCAGCCUUCUCACAGAAAAGCCCUGGCCAUGUAUCCAAUAUGUCUCUUCUACUUUGUAAUUGGAUGGAUGAUCAUUUCUCAGACAGUACCUGUGUUAACACCAUGAGGAUGUAUGUCAUUGGCACCAAUAGGGCCGUCUGCACCAUCCUGAGUUUUCAAAUUAGCGCGCUAUUUCUGAUCAAGUAAAUUAUCCCGAUCUCGAGAUUAUUUGCAAUGGAGACGCAAUUAUCGCGCUAGUUCGUAGGAUUAAUCUUGAGAUUGCAAUCACAAGUCAUGGAUUAUUUGCAAAAUAGCGCGCUAUUUUACGAAUUAUCGCGCUAAUUCUUAGGUGCAGACGCACUUGGGAUUAUUUAUUCAUGGUGUCAGACCACAAUGCAUCGAUGCCUCGCUCGAGUAGGAAUCGCUCUUCUUGCGACGGUGGAGACGGGGUUUCUUGAAUCUCGAGAUUGAGCAAACUCGGGAUGGUGCAGCACCGCCUAUUGAUAUGUGCGUAUUCCAGGACAGGCAUCUUGCAUUGACACUCGUUUGUUUCAAGGACAUCCAUCUUGAUAAGAUCAUUUUAUCCCAGAUUAUCAACAUUCCAACUAUGUGAUUGCAUCAAUGGAAUUAUUGAUGAUUUUCAACUAGUAUGAGAUCUUGGUAUAUGAAAGGGAGGUAUUAUUGUAUCAAUUUUUCAAGCAGAAGAUUAUACUUGAAUUGAAGACUAAAGGUUGAAUCAACUUUUUUACUGAUUAGUAAUCCUAUAAUGAUGCAUUUGAUGUCAGUUGACUCAUUCAUUUUACCAACAAUUUCACAUUCAUCACUCACCCUUAUGAAAGACGUCUUCGUUCAGACAAGCUGUAAUAAUUUAAAAUCGAUUGCAGCACAUUCCUCUCAAAUUAAUACUAGAUCACUUCUGAAAUUCCAGUCUUUAACACUAUAUGUAAACCUAAGAAAUAGUUCACUGUAUUAAUCACAUUCCUGCUAAGAUUCUAUUACAUUGCAUUCUUGAUGCACAUAGAUUUUGUUCUAUUGCGUAAAGAAUUUCUUUACCGGUUGCCUACACCAUCUUUGAACGUACAUACUGCAUACUACAAGGGCCUGUGUUAUAACCACUAAGUUAAAUACUGUAUCAGAAAAUGUAAUGACUGCUCAUGCGUCUUGUGUUCAGUGUGAUGAAUUCUAUUUGUGUAUCAAGAACCAUAUUGGAUGGAAAGUAUAUUUUGUUAAACAUGACUUGUAGAAGUAAUGGUGAACAGUCUGCAGAGUCUAUGUAAAUCAACAUUCUUUCAAUCAAAUAUUUGCUCCAGUGGACAUAGGAUUUCAGGCCAGAUUGUGCAAGACAUUGCAUCUUCUAAGUACAUGUAGAAUUAAGUUUGAAGUUAAAUAGACUUCUGUGAUCCCAAGAGAUUCGCCAUAUACAGCAUCACACUUAUUUGAAACCUAUAUAGGUAAUACAUAUAUGUGUAUUAUCAGAUAUAACCUAGUUAACUUGCUGUUUAAAAUGACCCUUUGCUGUGUGUUUGCUUCAGGUAUUGGUUCGCAGUCAGUGUUGUGACAUAGGGAGAUACCAUAAACAUGUAUAUAUAUUUAUAUAUAUAUAUAUAUAUUUCCUGAAGUAGUCUUAUAUUGUCCGAGUCUAGAUGAGGGCCAUGUGCAUCUACUGAGAGAAACAUAAUGUGGUAUCUACAGAAAAUUUAAAGCCAUUCAAUAUUAUUAUUACCGGCCUACACCUUGCAUUAUGUAAAAAUUCAAGCAAUUAUUUCUUUCAUUUUAUGUCUGUUUGCCUGUUGGUACUUCUCCUUUCAGGUUUUUUUCGUGAACUUGAACUAGUUUAUAUCUCGUCUCAAAAAUGCCUUUAUUCAUGUAAUAAUAAUUAUUAUAUGAGGAAAUUUGUUCUUGACAAGUUGAUUGCUGCCAUUGCAAGCUAUUGAAUCUUAAAUAAUAGAAAAUUUAUUUGCCAAGGUUGGUUUGAGAAGAUUGUCUCAGAGGUUUAUCAUUCAUUAUUAGAAAUGUGCUUAAUAAUUCAAGACAGAUGUAUUUGAGAACCAAAGAAUGAUUAAAAAAAAACAGCUUUGGAAUUUUUUGCAGUACAUUGUAUAGUAUAGAGGAGAUAAUUUGAAAUCAACAAUACUUUGCAGUUAAUCCCCCCCCCCCCCCCGCCAUCUUCAGCACAGUUUAUCAUGUACUUGUUCUAAGUUCUAAACACUGAAUUUAUUUUCUGGAAUACAAGCUGAACCACACUUGAAUAUCUGUUGUAAAUUACUUUAAUAUUUUCCAAUCUUUGGAAAACAAAAUAAUUCCAAACCUGUUCUAGAUUAGAUACAUGAAUGUUAAUGAAUAUGAUGUCUUGAUUUCAUAGCCAAUAUCUUCCAUCUGUGUACAUCUGUAUUUAAAAAAAUGAAUGUAUUUUGUCUGAUAAAACUAAAUGUAUGUGUUUUAGCUGUGUUAGGUUUGUUGAAAAGGUGUGUUUAACCCUUUUUGUAAAUAUAUACGUACCGAGUACCGAAGUGAUGACGUCACAAAACACUUUUUGCAUGUCAGUGUUUUUGAUACCAUAUUUUGGUACAGCAUGAUGAAAUACCUCCACUACUAAAUUUGGCACUACUAAAUUUGGAGUGAAUCGGUCCAUGGGGGCCUUAGAUAUGACCUCAUGAAUACAUUAUUAGCCCCAGUGAAGUCAAUUUAUUAUUGACCGGGUUCUUAACGUUAGGAACAAGCCCAAUAAUACAUUGACUUCAAUGGGGCUAAUUAUGUAUUCAUUAGGUCAUAUCUCGGGCCCCCAUGGACCGAUUUGCAGCAGAUUUUGGUAGUGGGAGUAUUCAUGAUCGUGGUCUUCCAAAGUAUGGCAUAAAAAAUGCUGAAUUGGAAAAUUGAUGACGUUACACUUUGGUACUCUAUAGUGUGGAAUGGAUGUGUCCAAUAAGAAUUGUUUAGUUCUGAAGCGUACAUUUCAAAGCUGCGUUGUCUUUUUUAUGAAUGUCUUAUUCCCCAAAUCAUGGGUUAUUCAGUAAUUUAUCCUGUAUACAAUCUACUAAGUGACAAGUCUUGUAUAUAAUGAAGGGCUUAAAACACAAAACUGUCAUACCUACACUUGCAUGUUGGUAUUUGAAUAACUUUAUUUGUGUGCUCAAAUUAUAUUACUUUUUUUUAUAAAUGAUUUUUUAAUGUUUUAUAUGAUUAUGAAAAGUCAUAAAGUAAAGAUAUUUGACACACAAUACGCAUUUAUUGUAAAUUGAAAUAUUGGUAAUUCAUUGAUACUCACACAAAUGAAGUUAUUGGGUAAGCUCUAGAUAUUGUCAUAUGAAUAUGCAUGCUAAUUCAAGCAUAUAUUUAUCAUUACUAGCUCAUCCGAAAUCAAAUUAUAUAGAAUAUCAAAAGUGUUAAUUUUACUUAUAUUUGUCACAGUCUGGCGAGUUCCAUUGUCCAUACUAUUUGAUAAUGUACGAGAUAGUUCAAAGUAAUGACUUGACCAUGAAUUUACCUCAAUCACAUUGGGUGCUUUUGAUUUUGAUGUUGAUAGCUGGUAUUGGAUUGUGGGGAUUUUCACACCAGCUACAUGUACCAGCACCAAACUUGAAAUCAAACUGCAUUGCAACUGUUAUCUUCACAGAUUCAUCCCACAACUGUGUGAUCGUUUUGGAACCCCACAUUCGAAAAUGGAGCUAAUUUGGGCAGCAUUAUUCGUGCUCUCAACACCAACACUGAAACUGAACUUAAAAUCAUAAAAUUUAGUUUGCUACGGAUGGAUGGAAAACAGUAUUGAGUUGAGAGGAGGAUAAAAUUGAUGGAGAAAUAAUAAUAGUUAUAUUUAUGUAUAUGGCACUUCAUACUAAAUAUAUGCUUUUAUACGCGUUUUACAUUUUGAUUAUUAUUACCCUGGUCAUAGGUAAACAGUUAAUUUUGGUAUUCCAAAUAAAAAUACAUUUCUGUGAUAAUGUUCUGAUUUUUUUGACACAACUUGAUUGUUAAAUGCAAGGUCUGUGUAAGGUGGUAUUUCCGGAUAGUAACACAUCUAGAUUUACAGUAAUGUGAUCCUAAAUUUUUUUUUUUUUUCUGUGAUAAAAGUGCCCAGUACUGUAUAUGCUUUCUCACAGAUGUGCAAGUAACAGACUAGUAGACAUUAUCAUAUAGAGUUUCUUACUUUUUCAUCAUCAACAUUAUUAUACAAGUAUAUUUAAUUCAUCUAUUGACAGAAAGAAGAUAUGUUUUAUAUUCAGUUUUCAUCGAUUGUCAGUGCAAUAAACAUUGAUCUAUUCUCUUUUCUUUCA